AUGACGGAUGUGCUGGAAGCAUCUGGCGCUGGAGACCGGCCUGGCCGGGCAGCGGUGGCCAGGAGCGCCAUGAUGCAGGACUCGCCCUUCUUCCAGCAGUACGAGCUGGACCUGCGGGAGCCCGCGCUCGGCCAGGGCAGCUUCUCCGUGUGUCGCCGCUGUCGCCAGCGCCAGAGUGGCCAGGAGUUCGCGGUCAAGAUCCUCAGCCGCAGGCUGGAGGAGAACACGCAGCGAGAAGUGGCCGCCCUACGGCUUUGCCAGUUGCACCCAAACGUGGUGAAGUUGCAUGACGUGCAUCACGACCAGCUGCACACGUACCUGGUUCUGGAGCUGCUGCGGGGCGGGGAGCUGCUGGAGCACAUCCGCAAGAAGCGGCACUUCAGCGAGUCCGAAGCGAGCCAGAUCCUGCGCAGCCUCGUGUCGGCAGUGAGCUUCAUGCACGAGGAGGCGGGCGUGGUGCAUCGGGACCUCAAGCCCGAGAACAUUCUGUACGCCGAUGACACGCCCGGAGCCCCCAUGAAGAUCAUCGACUUUGAGUUCGCGCGGCUGCGCCCGCAGAGCCCCGCGGGGCCCAUGCAGACGCCCUGCUUCACGCUGCAGUAUGCAGCUCCCAAGCUGUUGGCGCAGCAGGGCUACGACGAGUCCUGCGACCUCUGGAGCCUCGGUGUCAUUCUGUACAUGAUGCUGUCGGGGCAGGUCCCCUUCCAGGGGGCCUCAGGCCAGGGUGGGCAGAGCCAGGCGGCAGAGAUCAUGUGCAAGAUCCGCGAGGGGCGCUUCUCUCUUGACGGGGAGGCCUGGCAGGGCGUGUCUGAGGAAGCCAAGGAGCUGGUCCGAGGGCUCCUGACGGUGGACCCCGCCAAGCGGCUGAAGCUCGAGGGGCUGCGGGGCAGCUCAUGGCUGCAGGACGGCAGCGCCCGCUCCUCGCCCCCACUCCGGACACCCGACGUGCUGGAGUCCUCGGGGCCAGCUGUGCGCUCCGGGCUCAACGCCACUUUCGUGGCCUUCAACCCGGGCAAGCGCGAGGGCUUCUUCCUGAAGAGCGUGGAGAACGCGCCGCUGGCCAAGCGGCGGAAACAGAAGCUGCGGAGCGCGCCACCUCCCGCCGCCCCGGGCAGGGCCCCCGCCGCCAAGGGAGCCCCCAGACGAGCCAACGGCCCCAUGCCGCCCUCCUAGCCCCCGCCACAGCGACCCCUCCUUCCCCCCAUAGGGGCUGUGACCUGGGAGCCUCGGUAUCGGCCCCGCCCCAUCCCCAGGGAUUGCCCUUCCCUCGCCUUCCCCCCCACCCCACUCCCAGACAGAGCAGAAGUAUUUUUAUAAGCAGAGAAUUUUUUAUGUCUUACCAGAUAGAGUUAGAGAUGCAGGGAGGGAGGGGCCUCUGCCAAGACCGUGCCUCAUCUGGCAGAAGGCACUUCUCCCCCAGGGGGCUGCUCCACCCGAAGGGCUCCUCCCCCGUUUCUCCAUUCUCCGCACUGAGUUGCCACGGGGAGAAACUGGGACCUCUCCCCUGCCCUCCCUUGAGGCCCUGCUCUUGGGAGGGAGCGCCCCUCUAGCUGUCACUUUAUGGACUGUCUGUGCAAUUACGU